GCCAUUCUCUCUGCGACAUCUCACCGAACCCCGUUCUCUCGGAGACUAACGAUCUCUGCAAGUGCAAUGAUAUGACACUCCCAUAACGCUCCUACACCGCUUGUAUCACCUCCUUUCCGCUCAUUUUCACCCCCUGUCACUGUUGCCUUGUGGCUUUGACGAGCGGACACGUCUACAGUUGCCUCCUUAUCGAUUAGGUCAACCCCGUAUAAUCGCAUAACCCAUUACCUUAGAUCCCCGGGUCCGCUUACCUACCCCCUCGAACUAUCACCCGCACUCCACCUCACUAUACGCUGCUAGCGAAAUGACCGGCCCAUCGAUUCAGGAUCGCACCGGCGAGUUCCACGCCAUUCUGGGGCAAGCCCAGAAACGGGUGGCCACCACCAAAGUUGGGUCCCAGCGACAGGCGCUUCUAUCGGAUUCACAAAAGAGACAAGCCAAUGGGUCCGCAAAUGGAGGCGCGCAACCUGGCAGGAGAUCUGAGUUUGCCAGGAAGGCAGUUGAGAUUGGACGGGGUAUCACUGCGACAACGGCAAAGUUGCAGAGGCUGGCUGAAUUGGCCAAACGAAAGACGCUUUUCGAUGACAAGCCGGUGGAGAUCUCGGAAUUGACAUAUGUCAUCAAGCAAGAUCUCGCUUCCUUGAACCAACAGAUCGCCUCUUUACAAGCGCUCACGCUCUCCCAACAUCCGAAAUCGAACCGGUCAAAAGCGGACCAGGAAGGAGAGCAUAAUGAUAAUGUCGUGGUUAUGCUGCAAGGCAAACUGGCGGAUGUCGGAGCAAACUUCAAAGAAGUCCUCGAGGUUCGAACGAAGAACAUCCAAGCGUCGCGCUCCAGGACAGAGAACUUUGUUUCGUCGGUAUCCUCGAAAUCGCAGGCGGCAUUAGACACGCAACGGUCGGACUCUCCGCUGUACACCUCCGGCAGGAGGACUCCUCAACCGGGUGGCUCUUCCGACCUGUUGACUCUGGAACCUUCGAAUCCGUCGCCUCUCGGACGGCCGUCUAUGCAUUCCGACCAACAAUUGCUGGUGAUGGAAGAAGCGCAAACGAGCAACUCUUACAUCCAAGCACGCGGUGAAGCUAUUGACGCGAUCGAACGUACAAUCAAUGAACUGGGCGGCAUCUUCGGCCAACUGGCGCAGAUGGUCAGCGAGCAGUCCGAAAUGAUCCAACGGAUAGAUGCCAACACUGAGGACGUUGUGGAUAAUGUUCAAGGCGCACAGCGCGAACUAAUGAAGUACUGGACCCGAGUAUCUGGGAACCGAUGGCUGAUUGCUAAGAUGUUCGGAGUCUUAAUGAUUUUCUUCCUUCUCUGGGUAUUGAUAUCAGGAUAGAAAUACCCCCCCCUUUCUUACUAAUGUAUUGUAUUAAUACGUAUACUUUCCUUCUUGCUGUGCAUGAACGAGUUAUGCAUGUCCCUUUUGAAUAUCAUCAGCCUUCUUUCUUUUCCAGGCAUGGCUAGAUCUCAUGUUCUCUUUAUGUCUUUAUUUCUUUAUUUUCUCUCUCUCUCUCUCUUUUUUUUUUUUUUU